AUGUUACCUCCGGUCCACACGGAGAAUGUGACGGCGGUGAGGCUCUGCUUGGCCGAAGGCGCAGUCAUUGCGCUCGCUGGACAGCCGAUUGUAAUCGCUACCGGCUUCGUCACCAUCGAAUCCUUGGGCAAAGGCGCCACCAUCGACGCCGAGGGCUCCUCGCGCGCCUUCAUAUUGAAACAAUUCACGACGCUCGCUCUGCGGAGGGUGCACGUGCGCGACGGCUGCACGUGGGGAGGUGAGGGAGGCAGUGAGAUCACACGAGGGCACAGUGGCGGCGGCUGUUUCCUCGUCAACGUCGGAGCGCGGCUUAACCUCAUUGAGCUCGAGGUGUCGGGCUGCCGGAUGAGGGAGGGCGACAGCGACGUGACAGACAACGGGCACACAGCCACCAACCCAUAUGGCGGUGCGAUCGCGGUGUACGCGGGGCAUGUCUUGCUCAACAGGACAACCCUACGAAACAACUCGGCCCUCGACGGUGGCGCCAUCUUCGCGUCUCAUGGCCUCCUCGUGGUGAUCGAGAGCCUGCUGCAGGACUCGCGGGCGACGCGGCUGGGCGGCUGCGUGCUCCUCAUCGCGCGGUCGUUCGCCUACGUGUCCGGGUCCGCGCUGCAGGGGUGCCACUCGGACGGGUCGGGCGGAGGCAUUGCGGCCGAGGACGGCGCCUUCAUCGACAUGCAUGACUCCAACCUCUCCAGCUGCAGCUCCCUCUCCAACGCGGGCGGCGUUUCGCUCGGGCGGUCAGGCCACGGGGUGCUGCUCCGUACUAGCCUGAAAGACUGUAAUGCAGGGAGGCAGGGUGGCGCGAUCUGGGCGAGAGGCGGCACCCUCUGGCUGAUGGACUGUAACAUCCAGAGCUGCACUGCCGUCGAGGCGGGAGGAGGGCUCUACAGUGAGGUCGCAGCGGUGACCAUACGAGGCACCGAAAUCAGCUGGUGCUACGCGGGUCCGGCCACCGAUGAGUGUGCUUUCGACGGCGGAGAUGGGGGCGGCCUCUCAAUCCGCGGCGGUACACUGCACGGGAACACGGUCAGCAUCCGAGACUGCCGCGCUAAGAGGAACGGCGGCGGAUUGGAGGCCACCUCGGGCUCCUUGGUGGUACUGAACGCAUCGAGGCUCGAACGGUGCCAGCUCCACGAGGGCUUCUACGGGCAGGGGGCCGCCAUCUACACCGCGCACACGGCCAAUGUGACCAUGCACAACACCACCGUCUCGAAAUGCCACUCGGAACUGCUCGGGGGCACGCUCUAUAUUGAAGGAGACCUGAAAAUGAUGAACGAAUCGACAGUCACGCAAUGCCACUGGAAAGGCGUCUCCGUCUCGGGCUCCUACGAGUCGGCCGAGACUGGCGGCAUCAUCAUCGUGCUAGGACAGGGCAGGCUAACGAUGACCAACUCGAGCGUCGAGAAAUGCACGCUCAUCGACCCCCGCAGCACCGACAGCACCGACCCGGCUGCGGUCCGAGAAAGUAGCAGGUACGCAGUGGUGUCUGUGGGCGACACGAGCGUCGUCGAGAUCUACCACUCGGUGUUUCGAGAGAACAAGGAGGCGCGCUCAAAUGACAUGCUCUUAGGAGGCGUCGCCUCGUUCAUGAUUCAGAGCGGGUCCUCACUCCUCGCUGUCCAGCUGCAGAUUGAGCUGCCCUGCAUCGAUGCGAGUGUAGCCAUAAUCGACAACCAGGCAAAGAAUCUCCUCCGGACGGACCUCCUCCAUCCCUCGAUCGACUGGUCAAAGAGAGUAGCCUCCCCCAUCGUCGCACCCUUGAGGCCCUUCGAGCUGUCCUGGUGGGGUGCCUACAUCUCCGGCCAACUAGCCGACUUCUGGGGGUAUGAGAGUCCGGAUUUACGGGAGAGACCGGGCGCGGACGACGGUUUCGACGUUGGCGACGACGUUAGAAUCUACUUGACGCGAUUGGGGGUGGAGCCGGACGUGAUCAAGUCGCAAGCGGAUUGGGAAGAGGCGCCGCAACCUCGCAUUGCGCUGUUCGAGCUGCAGUACACACUUCCCCGUGACUCCAAUGCCAAAUGCCCCAGCACGCUGGCCUGUGACGGUGAAACCAUGGUUUGCUCCGCCGAUGGGGUCGCAGUCAUGCGCAAGUCGCUGUGGUCAGAGCCGUGCAGCGCGCAAAGCACUUGCGAGACUGGAGCUGUCUGUUCCCCUCACAACGUCUCAGAGACCGCAAACCUGUCCACUUCGAAAUGCACGUGCGAGGAGCCGAACCUGCCGGCGCCCGAUGCCCCGCAUUGGGAGGGCAAAUCGCUCGCGCCCUACGUGCGAGAAUACGGAUGCCUGUCGCCGCGCGAGGUGAGAAGCAUCGGGCUGGACCACCGCAAUGAAGAGCCCCUCGAGCUCACCAAGACGUGGGAGAAUGACGUGCAGGUGCGUCCGCUAAAGAUGUUCCUCGUUGAGACCACAGCUACUGGCAUCCAAAAGCAGGAGAUUCAGUGGAGCAUCGACACAAACCACCCCGACUGGUCAGAGUGGCUGACGGUGGAGCCAACUCGGGGUGUCAUCCCAGCCGACGAGCAGAUUGACCCGGUUGGAGGCAGGGUCAUCGCAAAUGUGACCGCGACGACCGCGGGCGUCAGGGAGAAGGAUACGUUCAUAGCCAAGCUGAACGUCACGGUGAGCGUGCUCGACAGAUCUCGCCCCAUCACAACCCGUCGCAUCCCUCUGGGCGGAGGCAGAGGCGUCACCGACGCAAUCACCGGUGCGAUCGGCGGAGUGAUCGACGGAGCGAUCGACAUGCUCUCGUCUGACCCGUCCGCAACCGCCGAACCCCUACCCGGCGGCAAUGCCAAUGGCAGGAUGAGGUCAGAGGAAAACGUGAUUGCGAGCAUCCCGGCCACGUUUGGAUUUGUCGUGAGCCCCAAGACCAGCAUGUGGGGCAAGCCGCGCGCGCACCGCUGCGUCUAUGGUGGGGAGAGGCAGGCGGCCAUCGAGGCAGACAACGCUACCCAGUACAGGCACAGGUGGGUGUUCGAUCUCGGCACAACCGGCGGCCUGGGUGCGGACGGCAACCCCAUCGAGAUCCCCUUCACGAUCUGCGACUUUGAAGGGUUCAACCUCAAGCACCCGUUGGGAGAUGAGACACCUAAGACGGAAACGGCAGGGGCACAUGACGCGAGGGGCGUGGUCGUGAGGGACGUCGGCUUCGAUCCACGCACACCGGAGUUCGUGUACACGACUGAGGGCUGCUGGCUAAAAGGAACCGGACAUUCGUGCUACAACUAUGUCAAGGACCAAUUUGGCUACCGCAACUCGACCAACCCAUUUGACUGCUUCCAGCAAAAGAAAAAUAUCACGUACGACUCGAAGGGCAAGUACACUCUCACCCUAGCCCCCCAAACGGUCCAGACUUACAACCUCCUGCUCUUUCUCGUGAACCAGUCGGACGGGAGGGAGCAGCCGUGCGGAGAGUACUUGCUCGACGAGGGUGAUCCAACAACGGCCACCUACGCGAUGAUCCAGGUACAGAUAAAGUGCCCCGAUGGCUUGAUUGAGCUCACGGAUAAAACUUGCGGCUGCAACAGAGGGUCGUCGGUGACUGGCAGUGUGUGCGUGACCGACACGUUGUCGCUCGUCCUCCUCUUCCUCGGCGGCCUCGCCUUCGCCCUGUUCCUCAUCGCACUGUGCGUCUGCGCGCGCCGCACGUGCAUCCAGCAGCGGGCCGCCCUCGCCGCCGCGCGGAGGGAGCGGCGCGAGCAGAACAAGCGCGUGCGCACGGCGAUCCACGACGCGACCACGCUCAAGUUCCCCCUCUGUACGAUGCCGCUCACCCGCUUGCGCGAGUUUGGACGGCUGGUCUCGUACGAGGAGGCGCGCGACGCAAACGUGCUCGUGUGCUGCGACUCGUGGGAGAAGGCCACGUCCUUCGCCGCGAGGCACCCGCUGAUCUUCAUCUCGCACCAAUGGCUCGCCUUCUCCACGCCCGACCCGCACCUCGCGCACUAUCCGAUCAUGAUCCGGGCGGUCGAGCUGCUGGCGGAAAAGCACGGCCUUGCGCUCGAGGACUGCCACAUCUGGUGCGACUAUCACAGCAUCCCUCAGGCCAACGACGCGACCAAGACGCUCGCGAUCGGCUCCAUCGGCCUGUACGCCGCAUGCACCUGCCACUUCAUCGUGUGCGCCCCCGAGACCUUCCACCUCGACACGCGCCUCCGCUGCGACAACGAGACCUACCUCGCGCGCGGCUGGUGCCGCCUCGAGCAGUGGGCCUUCAUGGCGGCCAACGGCGUCGAGGCGAUGCACUACUGCGAGCUGCACGACGGCGCCGCGGUCGGGCUGCACCCGGUCCUCGACGUCGCUUCGUGGCUCGAGACCUCCAUCAAGGUCUUUAUGGGCGACUUCACCGUCGAUUCCGACAAGUGGUUGCUCGUCGACGUCGUUCUCGGCCUGUACGGCCUAGCGUACAUCGCCAAGCUUCAGCGCGAGGCGGCGACCAGCGUGAGGGGUCGCGCGGUGUUGGAUCGGCUCGACAUCGACAUCGAGCCCGCCGGGGGGCAUCCCCCCUCGCCCGCCCGCGAGAAGAGCGUCGUCCAGUGGUGGGACCUGCUGCAAGCGCAAAAGGCAUCCAUCUUCCCGUCGUACCUCUUUGGGAACCUGCUCGACCUGCUCGAGUCGGAGCUCUCGGAGGCGAUGAAUCGGAGCAAGGGCGCGCGCCGCAAGAGGCGGAAGCGACCAGCCGAGAACAACGGGGGCGCCAAAACCUCGCCACGCGAGCCAAACGACGUGAAGCGGCUGGCGCACGGCCGGAAGCCCGAGAGGCGCAAGUCUGCCGCGCUCUUUGACCGCGACGGAUUCGAGACGGCACUGGAGCGAGCCCGUGCGCUGCACGCGAGCGCCCGGCUGUACAAGCGCACCAUCGAGCCGCAGCCGACGACGCUGCGGGGGGACGCCGCCUCUGGCCGCGUCACCGCGAUGGUGCGCGACGCUCUGAGCGUGGCCAGCGCCGGCCCACGCGAGCCCGAGAUCUUGAGCUACAGCUACCUCGAGCCCGACAGUGAGGACGACGACGGCGACGCAGAGGACGCGCCACCGCCGGCCUACCAAAUCACCACCAUAAAGGGCGCGUUCGACGACGGGAAGGACUCCCUCGAGCCUCCCGCCCGGCGUUGCCUCUGGGGCUUUCGCCCGACGCCGCACUUGACUGUCGGUGUUUGGUCUGCCUAG